AUGUGGGGGCGGCGGGUGCCGCCCAAGCGGUUGCUCUGCUCUCGGGCCGCUUGUUUAGCAGCCGGCGUUUCGGGCACCCGGAGGCGCGGCCAGACCCGUGCCCCAGUGGCAGGACGGCGUCGGGUUGAGGGAGGGCGGGGCGGCGGCGUGCCCCGGGUGCGGGAAGCAGCGCGCGCCGUGGUGGGUGCCCCGGCAGGCAGGGGUGCGCCCCCCAGCAGCCGCUGUGCCGCUGGAAGGCAAAUAUGUCGCUUGCAGGGGAAGGAGGAAGGGGUAGGGGGAAUGCGGGCGCGCGCGCCACCUGCGCCCUCCAUGGCGGUGGGCGCUUCGCGCGAUGCACUCCGGAAGUGCAUGGGUGCGGCGCACGGUGCAAAUUUUGUUCGGGCCAGUUUCACCGUGCCCGGGGCCAGCGUCCUGUCAAACUAA